AUGCCAAGUCCUCUCCAAGUGCGCAAAUAUGGCAGUGCGAGGCCGGAGGAUAUCAAGUUGCCAAGGAUAGCAACGCACGCACGCCGCCCCGCCGCCACCGCCUCCGCCCUCUGCGCGCUCGCCCGCCGCUCCCUGCGCGCGCGCGCCGCCCGCUCCGCCGCCGCCGCAUCCGCCCCCUGUGCGCCCGCACGCCGGCCCCUGCGCGCCCGCACGCCGCCCGCCCGCUGCCACUGCGCCUCCACCGCGUGCGCCCGGCUGCCUGCCGCCGCUGCGGCCCCACUGCGCGCGCCCGGCCGCCUGCCGCCGCUGCGCGCGCCCGCCCGCCCGCUGCGGCCCCACUGCGCGCGCCCGCCCGCCCCCCAACAAGCGGCGCGGUCAGCUGGAGCUUCAAGCGGUGCGGCCAGCCAGAUCUCCAAGUGGCGGCGGCGGCACUGUGCAGUACGAGGACGGUUCUUCCUCUUCCCCAACCCUAAGCAGGAGGCGGACACCAUGGCAGAUCAAUCAAGCUCAAAGGAGGCCAUCACUACUGAACCACUGCAACAAGGAUUCAGACCAUCGGAAAAAGGAAAACUAAGUCAUUGUCCACGAUAUCAGUCAGCAAGCACAAAAGUCGAUUGUGAAAGAGUGCACUAGUCAUCUUUUGGUGUAUGUUAUUUUCCAGCUACUUUUGUUGGUUCAUCAUACUAGUAGGAUGGAUCUAGCUAGAGUAGUGAAAAUCUGAAUUUUAUUUGUAAAGGAUGUGUUUCCUGAACUACACAAACUAUGAAUGAACAAUCUUGAAGUUUAUUUCGUGUAACAAAUGUGGUAGGCCUAGAUAGCUUACUUCUACUCUUUGUAUAUUUGGAUGAUGACUAUGACUUAUGUGAUGUGGUCAGAUUUGGUAUUAUAUAUAUGAUGUGCUGUGGUUCGAUGGGAUUUGAAAUUA